AUGCAGCCUGGGAAGGAUUCAGGUCGGGAAGGGUCUGCCCUGGCUCCGAGGACCUGGGCUCUGAAGGCGCAGGAGGCGCGGGCGCGGCGCCUGGCGGAGCUGCGCCGGGCGGCCGUCGGGCAGGGCGACUUCCGCCUGCUGGACCACGCCGGGCGGCCGUGCUGCAAGGCCGACCUGCGCGGCCGCUGGGUGCUGCUCUACUUCGGCUUCACGCGCUGCCCGGACAUCUGCCCCGAGCAGCUGGAGAAGAUGAGCCGCGUGGUGGAGCUGCUCGACCGGGAGGCGCGGCUGCCGCGCGUCCAGCCCGUCUUCGUCACGGUGGACCCCGAGCGGGACGGCGUGGAGGCCGUGGCCAGGUACGUGCGCGAGUUCCACCCGCGGCUGCUGGGGCUCACCGGGACCCCCGAGCAGGUGCGCGAGGCCGGCCGGGCCUACCGCGUCUACUACAGCGCCGGGCCCCGCGACGAUGACGGCGACUACAUCGUGGACCACACGGUGAUCCUGUACCUGCUCGGCCCGGACGGGCUGUUCGUGGACUACUACGACCGGUACAAGACGGAGGCCAAGAUUGUGCAGAGCAUCAAGGGCCACAUGGAGACCUACGAGAGCCUCGUGGGCUGAGCCGGCCCCGCGCCCCGGGGCGCAGCUGAGCGCGCAGGAGCCCCGGUUCCUCCGGGAGCGGGGCAGCCGUGUCCGUGGACUUCUUGCGGCCCUUCGAAGAGAACCGCCUUGCGGCCCUUGCGGCCCUUCGAAGAGAACCGCAGCUUUUGCGCUCGGGUGUGCCUGCCGCCUCACUGCGCUGCCGUGGAACAUGCGUGCGGAUGGGACUAUUCUUGCAAACUUUGAUUUAUAAAUGUUCGAUUUAUUUUGUGCA